AUGGCCCCCUCAGACGUCGACGACAGCCCUGUGAGCUCCACGCCACCUGAUUUCCUCGACGAGAAGGAGGUAACGCUUGACGACAGUGGUGACGAACCAGGCCACCUCGCCAGAGAACGGUCGGUAGCCGAGCAGCUGCCUCUGGGCCACGAAAUCCUCUUCGUUGCUGUUGUCAUUCUCGCCCAGUUCACCACACAGGCCGGCCUGGGGCAGGCGCUUGCCCUCCUCAACAUUAUCGGCGAUGACUUUGGCAUCACAGAUCCCGCCGAGCUGGCGUGGCUCGUGGCCGGCUAUUCACUCACGGUGGGAAGCUUCAUUCUGAUCUCUGGCCGGUUUGGCGACAUGUUCGGUUGGAAGAGGAUGUUCGUCAUUGGCUUUGCAUGGUUCAGUCUGUGGUCCAUGAUCGCGGGCCUGGCCGUGUACUCGAACCACGUCCUCUUCAUCUUCGCCAGGGUGAUGCAGGGAAUCGGCCCAGCCAUCACCUUACCCAACGGUUUGGCGCUGUUGGGUGCGACCUACGCCCCUGGCCCGCGCAAAGACAUGGUCUUCGCUAUCUUUGGUGCGACUGCGCCAUCGGGAGCCAUCGUUGGCAAUGUCUUCGCUGGAUUGUUUGCGCUCGCAUGGUGGCCAUGGACCUUCUGGUCGUUUUCCAUCGCGCUGGCAUUCAUUGCCGCGGUCUCGGUCGUCGUCAUUCCGGACCCACCCAAGAAGACCGAGGUUGCACGGAUGUCGUUACACCAGAAGCUUGUCGCGCUUGAUCUGGGUGGGGCCUUCACAGGUAUCACUGCGUUGGUGCUCUUCAACUUCGCUUGGAACCAGGCACCCAUUGUUGGGUGGUCGACACCUUACGUCUACAUCUGCCUCAUCAUAGGGAUCUUGUUUGCGGCGGUCUUCUUCUACCUGGAGCUGUGGGUGGUGUCGGAGCCACUCAUCCCGUUUCAUGCAUUUUCUCCGGAUGUCAGCUUCGUCCUGGGAUGCAUGGCCUGUGGCUGGGCAAGCUUCGGCAUCUGGGUGUACUAUCUCUGGGUCUUCCUGGAGCAGAUGCGAGGAUUGUCGCCUCUACAGGUCACGGCACAGAUCUCACCUCUGGCCAUCUCGGGAUGCGUUGCCGCACUUCUGACGGGCUUCAUGUUAUCGAGGGUCCGGCCGGCAAUCAUUAUGACGAUUGCGCUGUUUUUCUUCUUGCUCGGCAAUAUCUUGGUCGGCACAGCUCCAGUCGAUCAGAUCUACUGGGCGCAAAUCUUUGUCUGUACAUUGGUCAUACCUUUUGGUAUGGACAUGUCCUUCCCAGCUGCAACAGUCAUGCUCAGCAACUCGGUCGAGAAGAAACAUCAAGGCAUCGCUGCGUCCUUGGUCAAUACCGUGGUCAACUAUUCUAUUUCACUUGGACUAGGCUUUGCUGCAACUGUCGAGGUACACACCAAUCACGGUGGUAAGACUCAGGCAGACGUUCUGCUAGGCUUGAGGCAUGCUUAUUACAUGUCGUUCGGUUUGGCGGGCCUGGGCUUGGUUCUGAGUCUAGUCUACGUGGCAAAGGGUUUUCUGAGUGACUACAAAUCGAAGAGGUGA